CAAAGCCCGGUGCUUGGGGGACCCCAGGCGAAGUUUCACCCGCUUGCGGCCGUGGGCACCGACGUGGCUACUUCUCGUGGGGAAGACAAGCUAAGGGCCGCUCACCUUCGGGGAUUGUUAGACACCAAGGCCUUCAAGCUGUACAUAAUCUGACGGUUCCUGAAGUAACAAGAAAAAUAAAUGCUUCACGUGCCAGUUGAAGAGCAUGUCUCCGUAUGCUUAAAACCUUGUCUCUCUACAACCACAUUUACACUGUAAAACAGGCCCAGGCUUCUGCACAUUUGAGAGUUUUAUAACUGAUGAAAAUUAAUUUAACAAUCCGAUGGAGCACGUUAACACCACUGGGCUCAGAAGCGCAGGGAGAACACUACAUCACUAGCAACCAGUUUUCCAUAUGAUGUUUAUGGAUAAAGAAAGUGUGGAAAAAGAAGAAGAAAAUCUGUCCAGAUUAAGUCAAGAAUACCUCUCCACUUUAAAGAAGGAGCUAACUGAAUGUGACCGAGGGAGACGCGAAUUCAAAUUGUUGUUCAUGGGCUCACACGAGUGUUUUGUGCACUUUAUUUUUUAUUGGGUUUGGUAAUUUGAACAGAUUUAAAAUUUUCGGACUGAAAGUCAAUGACUUUUACUGUGGUUGUGGCUGGAGGAAAGCCAGCUCAGCUGUGACGAGACAAGUUGAAACAUGAACUGAUUCUUCUGCCUUUUUCCGUCAAGAGUAUUUGAUGAAUACUCUUUAAUAUAGUUUUUAAUUUAAUUUAAUUUAAUUUAAUUUUUCCUGUUUCAUUUUCUGUCCCUGUAGGAUGUUUUAAAAAACAUUUUGAACCAAUAAUUGCAAAAUAAAAAAAAUAUUCAGGAAAACACAAGCAAAGUUCCCUUUUCUUUGGACUAAACACUGUAAAAACAGGUCCUGAAUGUGAACAGGAAGGUGGUUGUCAGCAAAGCAUGGAGAUUCUCUAGGGCGAUAUCACUGUGUGGGCCGCUUGGAUGCUGGCCAGGGUGUGUGGUUUAAGGGAUUGUCUGCCCUCUUCAGUCUAAGAAGAUUGCAUAGCAGUGGACUUAAUUCAAAGAUUACUCCUUUUCAUUAUGAUAGAAAAUUACACGAUUUCUCAGAACAAAAAAAGUGGAGAAGGAACUAGGAAGUGAGAGAGGAGUCCAAGGAAAGGACCAGAGUCUGGCAAGAGGACUUAGGACUCGCCCAAGGCAAGCGCUUGGUCGCUUUAGUGGCUGUAGCCCGUGCCUUUGCGUCUAUGGCACUGGACGGUGGAAGAGUCAUUCCAGGGAGCCCUAUGUUCCUGGGGACACAGGGCCCAGCUAUGAGGCAGGAAGUCUCUGGUUCUGAGCAGUGGGGGAAAGAGUGUUUUUCUUCCUGAAAUUUGGACUGCUGCCUGCACAAACUCUGGUCUGAUUUACACAGUUUGUGUGCCUUCUUUUCCCUUCAUGCAAUCUUUUUCAGCUUUAGCCACAGAAAGUUGUCUAGUUGUAUUAAAGGGUGUUUCAGAAGGAAGAUGAUCCUGUGUGUUGUCUCGUCCUGUAAACUUUUCUAGCUAGAGGGAUUCUUAAAGCCUUAAGUUACUUGAAAUCUGUCUGUCUGCAACCCUUUGUCUGUGGAAUCAUAUUUCACAAAACUGAACCCUCAGGCUGAAUGAGAGUAGCCGCACAGUAAAAAGGAAGAGGCGUUUCUCCCUCACCACUUACAGAUGACGCUCCAUCUCCAAAGGGUCGGUAUGUUCCUUCCCUGAGGACUUGAAGUUACACAUGGACCCCAUGUUUUCUUAGAAGACUGCCAUCAUCUUUUAUAAAGAAAAUUUUCAUUAUGCAUUUGGUGGAUCUUUUUAAAAACUGACCUAAUUAGCUCCAGGUCAGUCAUAAUUAAAGGGAAGAGGAAAAAAAAAAAAAAAACGCAAGCCAACCAUAAAAGUAAAAUAAGUCCAUGACAGAACUUCGUUUAAAAAUUUCAGAAUAAAAUUCACAUUUAAAGCAAGAUAAUUAAUUGAAAAAAGUAUGUAUGCAGCAGUGGAACAUGGGCCUGUACUUUGCAGUGACUCCAAUAUUCUCUGCCUGUCCUGGAAGGGGCGCGUCCCCAAGAGUGAGAAGGAAAAGCCGGUGUGCAGGAGGCGCUACUAUGAGGAAGGGUGGCUGGCCACGGGCAAUGGGCGCGGUGUGGUGGGCGUGACUUUCACCUCCAGCCACUGCCGCAGGGACAGGAGUACUCCUCAGAGGAUAAACUUCAACCUGCGGGGCCACAACAGUGAGGUUGUGCUGGUGAGGUGGAAUGAGCCAUACCAGAAACUGGCCACAUGUGAUGCAGAUGGAGGAAUAUUCGUGUGGAUUCAGUAUGAAGGCAGGUGGUCUGUGGAACUAGUUAAUGACCGUGGGGCUCAGGUGAGUGAUUUCACUUGGAGCCAUGAUGGGACUCAAGCACUUAUAUCAUAUCGAGAUGGUUUUGUCCUGGUUGGUUCUGUCAGUGGACAAAGGCAUUGGUCAUCUGAGAUCAACUUGGAAAGUCAGAUCACAUGUGGCAUAUGGACGCCUGAUGACCAACAGGUGCUGUUUGGCACAGCAGACGGGCAGGUGAUCGUCAUGGACUGCCACGGCAGGAUGCUGGCCCACGUCCUCCUGCACGAGUCCGACGGCAUCCUCAGCAUGUCCUGGAACUACCCCAUCUUCCUGGUGGAGGAUAGCAGCGAGAGCGACACAGACUCUGAUGACUACUCCCCUCCCCAAGAUGGUCCUGCAGCCUACCCUAUCCCUGUGCAGAACAUCAAGCCUCUGCUCACUGUCAGCUUCACCUCUGGAGACAUCAGCUUAAUGAGCAACUACGAUGACUUGUCUCCUACAGUCAUCCGCUCAGGGCUGAAAGAGGUGGUGGCCCAGUGGUGCACGCAGGGAGACUUGCUGGCGGUUGCUGGGAUGGAGAGGCAGACCCAGCUUAGCGAGCUGCCCAAUGGGCCCCUUCUGAAGAGUGCCAUGGUGAAGUUCUACAACGUUCGAGGGGAGCACAUCUUCACACUGGACACACUGGUACAGCGCCCCAUCAUCUCCAUCUGCUGGGGCCACCGAGACUCACGGCUGCUCAUGGCCUCAGGACCGGCCUUAUAUGUGGUUCGUGUAGAGCACCGAGUAUCCAGCCUGCAGCUGUUGUGCCAGCAGGCCAUUGCCAGCACGCUGCGAGAAGACAAGGAUGUGAGCAAGCUGACCCUGCCUCCUCGCCUCUGCUCCUACCUCUCCACUGCCUUCAUCCCCACCAUCAAGCCCCCAAUUCCAGAUCCCAACAACAUGCGAGACUUUGUCAGCUACCCCUCGGCAGGCAAUGAACGGCUGCACUGCACCAUGAAGCGCACGGAGGAUGAUCCUGAGGUGGGUGGCCCAUGCUACACUCUGUACCUGGAGUACCUAGGUGGGCUUGUGCCCAUCCUCAAAGGGCGGCGCAUCAGCAAGCUGCGGCCAGAGUUUGUCAUCAUGGACCCUCGGACAGACAGCAAGUCAGAUGAGAUCUAUGGGAACAGCUUGAUUUCUACUGUGAUCGACAGCUGCAACUGCUCAGACUCCAGUGACGUUGAACUGAGUGAUGACUGGGCUGCUAAGAAGUCUCCCAAAAUUUCCAGAGCUAGCAAACCACCCAAACUCCCAAGGAUCAGCAUUGAGGCGCGCAAGUCUCCCAAGCUUCCUCGGGCUGCUCAGGAGAUCUCACGAUCUCCCCGUUUGCCCAUGCGCAAACCCUCCAUUGGCUCCCCAAGCUUGACACGGAGAGAGUUUCCAUUGGAAGACAUCACUCAGCACAACUAUCUUGCCCAGGUCACGUCCAAUAUCUGGGGAACCAAAUUUAAGAUUGUGGGCUUGGCUGCUUUCCUGCCAACCAACCUCGGUGCAGUAAUCUAUAAGACCAGCCUGCUACAUCUCCAGCCACGGCAGAUGACCAUUUAUCUGCCAGAAGUUCGGAAGAUCUCCAUGGACUAUAUUAAUUUACCUGUCUUCAACCCAAAUGUUUUCAGUGAAGAUGAAGAUGACUUGCCAGUGACAGGAGCAUCUGGUGUCCCCGAGAACAACCCACCGUGUACCGUGAACAUCCCUAUCGCACCUAUCCACAGCUCUGCUCAAGCUCUGUCCCCCACACAGAGCAUAGGCCUGGUGCAGUCCCUGCUGGCCAACCAGAACGUGCAGCUGGACAUCCUGACCAAUCAGACAACAGCUGUGGGGGCAGUAGAACACACAGGUGACAAUGCCACCCAGUACCCAGUCUCCACGCGGUACUCCAGCCCUGGACAGGUGAUCUUCGGAGGUGUGGAAAUGGGCCGCAUCGUUCAGAACCCUCCGCAGUUGCCUUUGCCACCGCCGCCGCCCCUGCCACAGGGGCCCAUGCAGCUGUCCGUGGUGGGCCAUGGAGACCGAGACCACGAGCACCCGCAGAAGCCAGCCAAGGCCCUGCGGCCAGUGCCUCAGCUGGCAGCUGAGGGGGAUGCUGUGGUUUUCGGUGCCCCCCAGGAGGUCCAGGUGGCAAAGAUGAAUCCCCCACCCCCCUACCCAGGAACCAUCCCUGCUGCCCCCACCACAGCAGCACCCCCACCCCCUCUGCCACCACCACAGCCCCCAGUGGACGUGUGCUUGAAGAAGGGUGACUUCUCCCUCUACCCCACAACGGCACAUUACCAGCCCCCGCUGGGCUAUGAGAGGAUCACCACCUUCGACAGCAGCGGCAACGUGGAGGAGGUGUGCCGGCCUCGCGCUCGCGUGCUGUGCUCUCAGAACACCUACACUCUUCCAGGCCCUGGCAGUGCUGCCACCCUGAGGCUCACAGCCACUGAGAAGAAGGUCCCCCAGCCCUGCACCAGUGCCACCCUGAACCGCCUGACUGUCCCUCGCUACUCCAUCCCCACAGGAGACCCACCUCCAUAUCCCGAAAUUGCUAGCCAGCUGGCCCAAGGGCGAGGUGCUGCCCAAAGACUGGACAACAGCCUCAUCCAUGCCACCUUGCGGAGGAACAACCGUGAGGUUGCGCUUAAGAUGGCCCAGCUGGCCGACAGCGCCCGUGUCCCACUGCAGCCCCCAGCCAAGCCCAAGGGUGGCUCUGGUGGGCCAGUGGCACAACUCCCAGCACGGCCCCCGCCAGCGCUGUACACCUGCAGCCAGUGCAGCGGCGCGGGGCCCGGCCCACAGCCAGGCGCUGCCCUGACCCACGCCGUCAGCGCCUCCCCACUGGCCUCGCAGUCCUCCUACAGCCUCCUGAGCCCGCCCGACAGCAGCCGGGACCGCACUGAGUACGUCAACUCGGCCUUCACAGAGGACGAGACCCUGUCCCAGCACUGUCAGCUUGAGAAGCCUUUGAGACAUCCUCCACUCCCUGAAGCCACUGUCACCAUGAAACGGCCUCCCCCGUACCAGUGGGACCCUGUGCUAGGUGAGGACGUUUGGGUUCCUCAGGAAAGGACAGCACAGCCUGCAGUGCCCAACCCCUUAAAACUGUCCCCUCUGAUGCUAGGGCAGGGCCAGCACCUGGAUGUGGCUCGAGUACCCUUUGUGUCCCCCAAGUCUCCCUCUAGCCCUACUGCCACUUUCCAGUCAGGCUACGGGAUGGGAAUAGCAUAUCCAGGAAGCUAUACCAACGCCCCUUUGCCUGGAAUGCAGCCUCCUUGCUCCCCCAAAGACGCUCUGUCCCCAGCACAGUUUGCACAACAGGAGUCUGCUGUCGUCCUUCAGCCAGCGUACCCACCCAGCCUCUCCUAUUGCACCUUGCCCCCCACGUACCCAGGAAGCAGCACGUGCUCCAGUUUACAGCUGCCACCCAUCGCCUUGCACCCAUGGAGUUCCUACAGCGCCUGCCCGCCCGUGCAAAAUCCCCAGGGCACUCUCCCCUCCAAGUCUCACUUGGUGGUGGAGAAGCCCCUUGUGUCCCCACCACCCGCCGAACUCCAAAGCCACGUGGGUACAGAGGUGAUGGUAGAGACUGCAGAUAACUUCCAAGAAGUCCUCUCCCUGACAGAAAGUCCGGUACCCCAGAGGACAGAAAAGUUUGGGAAGAAGAACAGGAAGCGCCUGGACAGCCGAGCAGAGGAGGGAAGCGUGCAGGCCAUCACUGAGGGCAAAGUGAAGAAGGAAGCUAGAACCUUGAGCGACUUUAAUUCUCUCAUCUCCAGCCCCCGCCUGGGGAGAGAGAAGAAGAAAGUGAAAAGUCAGAAAGACCAACUGAAGUCGAAGAAGUUGAACAAGACAAAUGAAUUCCAGGACAGCUCAGAGAGUGAGCCCGAGCUGUUCAUCAGCGGGGACGAGCUGAUGAACCAGAGCCAGGGCGGCAAGAAGGGCUGGAAGAGCAAGAGGAGCCUGCGCGCCGCCAGCGAGCUGGAGGAGUUCAAGUGUCGCAAAGCCAGCGAGAAGGAGGACGGGCGGCUGGGCAGCCAGGGCUUCGUGUACGUGAUGGCUAACAAGCAGCCUCUGUGGAAUGAGGCCACCCAGGUGUACCAGCUGGACUUUGGAGGACGAGUGACCCAGGAGUCAGCCAAGAACUUCCAGAUCGAGUUGGAGGGGCGGCAGGUGAUGCAGUUUGGAAGGAUCGACGGGAAUGCGUACAUCCUCGACUUCCAGUACCCCUUCUCAGCUGUGCAGGCGUUUGCCGUUGCCCUGGCCAAUGUGACUCAGCGCCUCAAAUGAAGAGGUGGAUGCAGAAGGAAUCGUGCCAGGAGCCUUUGGCGGCAGAGCACGCGGUGCUGCUCCCCAGGAAGACCAGAGAACAACUGCAGAAGUAGAAGAGCCCAUCAGCGUGGGAGGGCGCCGCCCUUUAUGCGUGGUUGUCUAUCCAGUUACCUUUUGUUGUCUUUCUUUUCUUCUUUCAGCCGAGUGCUGUUCGUAAGCCCAGAGUGUGAGGCGCCUGGGGGUCUCAAGGGCAGUGUAGCUUGACCGUAGGUGGUUCUGCUGGGUCUGCUUGUCAGUGACUGAGACAAGAGCCUUUGGAGAGAAGCCUUCUAGCCUGCUGUUCUUCCACACACAGGAGUGUGUGCGUGCUCUUUCUCCAUAGCAUCUGGCUCUUACACUCCAACGUGACCACUAGUGCAAAGCAAAAAACUUGCUUUAAUACAACCAAAACUCCUGAAGAUUCAUGUUCUCUUGGGAGAAGACAGCAUUUACUUCACAUAUGUCAUGCUCCUCCCCAAAGAUAACAGGAUGGAUGAAGGGCUUGUCACAGGUGCACUAUGUUCCUCUAGUGAAAGUGGCCUCUGCACAGGGUGCUAUUGCCAUGUAAAUGUGACUUGGCAAGCCGCAGUGUCUGGGAGGAUGAUGGGUAAGGAACGACCUGCCCGUGUCAACGCCCUGGGUGACUUGUGCAAGGGCUGUUCUCCCCUUCCCAGGAUGUUAGCCGGAAAACUGCACAAGUGUCAUCAUUGCUCAUGGCUACGCAGAAUCAGUGAUGCUCUCCCACUUGCCUUUGGGAGGAGGUGGGGAAGAGUUGGGGAUCAUGUCACACAGUGUAGUGGUCAGUCACAAAACCCCCACUUGCUAAGAAACAUCUCCCAUUCUCCCUCUGCCUUGUUAAUCUGGAGCCUAGUGCAGUAAACACCGUUCUCUGUACACAGAGGAUGGGUUGCUCUGUCCUUUUCGCAGUGUGAGACUUGAUGUGAAGCUGCCCCCGUCCUCCUCUUGGCCACAUUAAAAUUCUGCUGAUGCUUUUCAUCAACUUAGAAGUGUGAUCCAAAGUUAUGAAGCAUUUGCCAGAGAAUCAAAGGUAGGGAUAUUGCUCAAAUCUGUUUUGAAAGCCCUACAGUAUUCUCUAAGGCCGGGCAGGGGGCGGGUGGCAUUUAUCCACUGUAUAGAGUGUAAGGAGGAGCUGAACCACUGGGAAAACAUGGUUGAAGUCAUUGUGCUGCAGGUAGUCGGUUGUGUAUUCCUUGUUGUUGCAGAAUAGAAACCGUCUGCCUGGAAUGUCUUGACCCACUUCCCCUCACGGGCGCUGGGCAGGCCUCCAUGCCUCGCAGUGAGACCACUGCUGUGCGCCCCGCACCUGUGAUGCCCAGAGCACGUGCGCCGCCUGCUGGCCUUGACUCCUGAGUUGAGAUUGGAAACAGACAAGUGGAAGGUGCUGCAGGAAACUUUAUUUUAAAGAUUCCCUGUGUUUGGUCUAAGAAUUAAAAAAGAAACUGGCACAUUCUCUUGCCAACGCAAAAAGAAAUGAUCUAUCAUUCCUCCAGGCUCUGAGAAGUACUGGCAAGGUUUUUAAAUAUGGUGAUGGUCACCUUUCCACUAAUAUUGGCAUUUUCCGUUUUAUAGUCAAAGAUAUGGGACCUGAUUCUUGGGUGGGUAAAUCCCUCCAGAAAAUGAUGCGUGCGCAGAACAGCCUAUUUUUAGAUCUGCUCCUGUGGCCUGAUGAGACGUCCUGUGCUUACCACUAGCUGUGCAAUGAUGGUUGUAUCCUGUUUCUGAAAUAAUUUAAAUGCAGGUUCUUUGUUUUAUUGUUGAAGGUAUAGUUAUUUAUCUUGCUUUUCUGGUAUUCUUAGGAAUUAUUUUGUUACUGUGUAUUGGUGAGUUAUGCCCAUUUUAUUAUUUAUUUAGAAAAAUAGUAUCUUUGUAAUGACUUACUUGGUAGCAGUCUAUUUUGCUGCAAGAAAUAAAGAGAAUAUGAUAAAAAGAUGUUUUGCUGGGUAAUUUGUAACCUUCUCUAGUUGGGAAAAAGUCCUAUCAAUUCUUAGAAAAAAUUCACUCUACCUUGUGGUGUUGAUCAUAUACAAAGGAAAAUGUUUCUUUGAGAUAGCAUACCCUAGAGUAAUAGUUCUCCUUAUUUUGACAAUUUUAGUUAAAAAAAUAAAAGAUAAUGGGAAAUGAAGAGAGGUGAUUCCUACUAGAUAAGAGUAUUAAAGGAAGGAACUCUAAGAAAUAAGCUUAAUUUGAGUUCUAAUUAUUCUCAAAAGAAUAUACUUGAAACUUUUGCUUAGUAAGAGCAGAUAUGGAACAAAUCAUUCCCCAAAGGCAUCUCUUCCCCCCACCCCCUAUGAAGACACAAGCUUCCUUCCAGAGUGGUGUGUGGUUCCACAGCACCUGUCACUCACCCAGUCCCAGUCCAGGAGGAGGGAGUCUCAAGUGCCAGAUCAGCAGGAAGUUGUUGACCACAGCUCUUGUGAUAUGAUGUCUUAUAAGGUAAUAGUAGUGGCUUUGCUUAUUUUAAAAUUUGCUUCCUUCAGUCAGUCUUGGUUGAUUAAGUACUACAGAAGUCAGAACUUUAAGCAACAGAAUUCUAGGUACUUCAUACUCAUUUAAUAGCAAUUUAUGAAUGUCUCACUGGCUCCCUCAUCUAAAAACUAUUAAGUCCAAUAACAAGUUACCCGCAUAUAGACUUGUGAGGAAGCACCAUGUUAACAAACCAGCCUUAGAUGUGUUUGGCGCUAACCUCAUCAAACCAAAGGCAAUGAAUGUGUCUACAACAUCCACUGAAUGUAUAUCCCGAGACAAACUGGGACCAAAGAAGCAAGACCCCUCUCAAAGCUCGCACGGCAGUAUGAAGCGAAGGCUUCCUGUCUGUAGCCACUGCUGCCACAUCGCCCACCCAUAGGACAUGAAGAAGUGUGUAGUGUUUGUCCUGUAGUCAUAACCGAAGGUCAGGGAGGCCCCAGGGUCCACCCUGUUCUGUCACAGGGUGGAGGAUGUCCUUGGGCCAGUCACUAGGGCUGCAAGGCCUCCCUUCAUGGGGCUGUGAAAUGAAAGGGGCGCCUGGCAAGCUCGUGAGCUCCCUUCUGCCUCCAGCAACUCGAAAGACAGAAAAAGUUUCGUCUUCCCACUUCACAGGCGUGGAGAGCAUAUUGUGAAACAUCCCCUUUCUGUCAAAAAAUGCUUGCUUGUUUGUUUUUCCUGACUCUACUGAAUACAAACCCCCAUGUUUAACAUCUCUAGAAAGUUCACCUCUGGGUGCAUUUGGAAUCGUGUUUAUUCUCCUAAAAUUACCAAAGCAGCAAUUCCAGCAAGAUGGAAGAGUCCCCCAGGAGUGUGUGUGCCCUACUCGGCGGGCACCCUCAAAUAAGGCAGUUAUUUGCCCCUAAAACUGAGUGGAUUCAAAGAGGACAGAGGAAUGUGAAUCUAGGCUGACUUGUCCCCAGUUGUGUCCUCCUGUGUUCAAAUAUGACACUGUCUUCAAAUUCAGAAAGUAUCUUUAAAAGGCCCCAGAGAUAAAGGAAUUCGUGGAUGGCUUGGUCAAGUCAGUGGCUGUGGACAGAGUUAGCCCGGUCAGAAUUAUUGUGUGGGUUCCUGGGAAUUUGUAUUAGCACACACUUCAGAACAUUCUACCGCUAGUGUGUUUUCUAAUCUCUGGCUGAUCAACUCUGAAGGAUCAUGGCUGAUUGUGUUUCCAUUUUCUUUGGCUUUGUGCAAUGUUCUUGUAACUUUACUUGUACCUAUAUUUUCUGUUUACAGGUUACUUUUAAGGGGAGGGGUGGGAUGCAAAAAUCUUGUUUAUUGUAGAUAAACAUUUUUUUUUCGUGUUGUAGAAAAGCAUGGGUCAAUGCAUUUGAGUGAAAAAGGCACUGUAUUAUUUACCAAAGGGAUAUUGUUUUUGCAUUUGUUUGUAAAUGCAUUUUUUUAGUACUGUAAAUUUGAACAUCAUUUCUGAGUUUACUACUACUACUGGCAUUUGUUUGUUUGUUUGUUUGUUUCUCUUUAGUCUCAUAAGUGUAAGGCAGGUGCACAAGCCUCAGACCAAACAAGACCACCAGCAUGUUCUUGUCCAAACUUUGGGGCUGGCAUGCACUGUCUUGUGCAGCUCAGCUCCUCCAGUGUUGGGUCCUUUGAGUUUAAAUCCAGCACCCUGCUUCCUUUUACUCUCCAGACCAGAUCUGUUGUGACUCAGUUGCAUCUUAAUGAGCUCUCCCUUUCUUGCCUAUAUUUUCGUGUGUAUUCUGUAUAUUAGGUUGUGAAGGAGAUAUUCUAGAAGGCAUUGAUGAUUUACAUUCAAAAUGAUGUGGUUGUUCAAAUUAUUUUCUGUCUUUAUUAUUGAGAUGGACUAAUCUCCUUUUUUGAUGAUUUGAAAUUGUAAAAUUUGUCCAGCUAUUGCUUAAUAAAAUUUUGCAGAUCCAAAAAACAAUAAUAAAAGUCAAUGACUUUGUGUGCUGAA